AUGGAUGUAAUUAUAGACACCUCUAUAUUUUUGGGAAAAUUCCUAUAUUACCUUUUGGAAUCUUUAGCUUACAAAAUAAUUCCCAGAAGGAGAAAGGAUGUCGCUGGAGAGAUUGUACUAAUAACAGGUGCUGGAAGUGGACUUGGGAGGCUAUUGUCUAUACAUUUUGCCAGCUAUGGUGCCAUUUUAGUUCUGUGGGACAUUAAUCAAGAAGGAAACAUGGAAACACGUAGACUGGCCCAAGAAAAGGGUGCUGUGAAAGUAUUUGCCUAUCAGUGUGACUGUAGCAAUAGGCAAGAGGUCUACAGAGUUGCUGCUCAGGUUAGGAAAGAAGUCGGCGAUGUGACCAUCCUCAUUAACAACGCUGGCAUUGUAACAGGCAAGCUCUUCCUCGACAUUCCAGAUCACAUGGUGGAAAAAACAUUUCUUGUAAAUGCCUUCUCUCAUUUCUGGACUUGUAAGGCCUUCCUUCCUGCCAUGAUUGAAGCUAACCAUGGCCACUUGGUUUGUGUUUCAAGUAUAGCAGGACGAAUUGGUAUUAAUGGACUAACAGAUUAUUCUGCAAGCAAAUUUGCAGCCUUUGGCCUUGCUGAGUCUCUCUUCCUUGAAUUAAAUAUGGUAAAGAAAAGUGAAGUUAAAACCACCAUUAUUUGUCCAUACUUCAUCAAAACUGGAAUGUUUGAGGGCUGUACAACCAAGUAUCCAUUCCUAUUACCUAUACUGGAGCAGGAGUAUGUGGCCAAAAAAAUUUUUAACGCUAUUUUAGAGGAACAAGUUUAUGUAGUAAUACCCAGAUUUUUAUGGUUUACAUUGGUCCUUAAACAAAUAAUAUCUUCAAAAAUGGUUGUUGCCCUUGGUGAAUAUCUUGGAGUGGACUCUUGCAUGGCUUCUGUCAGAGGGGAAUAG